AUGGCUGCCGGCACGCGCCCGGCGGCCGCACAGCGGUCCAGAGCUAACAUGGCCCAGUGGAAGAAGAAGAAGGGGCUUCGGAAGCGCCGGGGUGCGGCGUCCCAGUCCCGCAGCAGCGACUCGGAGGACGGCGAGUUUGAGAUCCGGGCAGAAGAUGACGCCCGGGCCCAGAAGCUGGCGCCUGGCAGACCCCUACCCACUUUCCCCACCUCGGAAUGCACCUCGGACGUGGAGCCAGACACGCGGGAGAUGGUGCGAGCUCAGAACAAGAAGAAGAAGAAAUCAGGAGGCUUCCAGUCCAUGGGCCUGAGCUACCCAGUCUUCAAAGGCAUCAUGAAGAAGGGCUACAAGGUGCCGACACCCAUCCAGAGGAAGACCAUCCCGAUGAUCCUGGACGGCAAGGACGUGGUGGCCAUGGCCCGGACAGGCAGUGGCAAGACCGCCUGCUUCCUCAUCCCCAUGUUCGAGCGGCUCAAGACCCACAGCGCCCAGACUGGGGCCCGUGCCCUCAUCCUUUCGCCCACUCGAGAGCUGGCCCUGCAGACCAUGAAGUUUACCAAGGAGCUCGGCAAGUUCACUGGCCUCAAGACUGCCCUGAUCCUGGGUGGGGACAAGAUGGAAGACCAAUUUGCAGCCUUGCAUGAAAAUCCUGACAUAAUCAUCGCUACCCCUGGGCGCUUGGUGCAUGUGGCUGUGGAGAUGAACCUGAAGCUGCAGAGUGUGGAGUACGUGGUAUUCGAUGAGGCUGACAGGCUCUUUGAAAUGGGCUUCGCAGAGCAGCUCCAGGAAAUCAUCGGCCGCCUCCCGGGGGGCCACCAGACUGUCCUGUUCUCUGCCACGCUGCCCAAGCUGCUGGUGGAGUUUGCCCGAGCUGGCCUGACGGAGCCCGUGCUCAUCCGGUUAGACGUGGACUCUAAACUCAAUGAGCAGCUGAAGACCUCCUUCUUCCUGGUGCGGGAGGACGCCAAGGCCGCGGUGCUGCUCCACCUGCUGCGCAACAUGGUGCGGCCCCAGGACCAGACGGUCGUGUUUGUGGCCACCAAGCACCACGCGGAGUAUCUCAGCGAGCUGCUGGCAACCCAGGGGGUGAGCUGUGCCCACAUCUACAGCGCCCUGGACCAGACGGCCCGCAAGAUCAACCUGGCCAGGUUCACACACGGCAAGUGCUCAGCCCUCAUCGUGACUGACCUGGCCGCCCGGGGCCUGGACAUCCCGCUGCUGGACAAUGUCAUCAACUACAGCUUCCCCGCCAAGGGCAAGCUCUUCCUGCACCGCGUGGGUCGCGUGGCCCGCGCCGGCCGAAGCGGCACGGCCUACUCCUUGGUGGCCCCCGACGAGGUCCCCUACCUGCUGGACCUACACCUGUUCCUGGGCCGUGCUCUGACCCUUGCCCGGCCCCCUGAGGAGCCCUCAGGCACGGAAGGCGGGGAUGGUGUACUGGGCCGGGUGCCACAGGGUGUGGUGGACGACGAGGACUGCGGCCUGCGGACCAGCCUGGAGGCGUCGCUGGAGCUGCGGGGCCUGAGCCGCGUGGCCGACAACGCCCAGCAGCAGUAUGUGCGCUCACGGCCGGCGCCCUCGCCCGAGUCCAUCAAGAGGGCCAAGGAGCUGGACCUCGCCAGGCUGGGCCUACACCCCCUCUUCAGCUCUCGCUUCCAGCAGGAGGAGCUGCAGCAGCUCAGGCUGGUGGACAGCAUCAGGAACUACCGCUCCCGGGCCACCAUCUUUGAGAUCAACGCCUCCAGCCGCGACCUGAGCAGCCAGGUGAUGCGCGCCAAGCGGGAGAAGGACCGCAAAGCCAUCGCCAGCUUCCAGCAGGGACGGCAGGAGCGGCAGGAGGGCCUGGCGGGCCUGGCCCCGAACCUCCCAGCACCGCAGGAGGAGCAGGCUGAGAAGGAGGAAGCAGCAGGAGAGAGUGUAGAGGACGUCUUCACAGAAGUUGUCAGCCGGAAGCGGCAGCAGCCAGGACCCCACCAGGGAGCCAAGAGGCGGAGGGAGGAGGCCCGGCAGCGGGACCAGGCGUUCUACAUCCCCUACCGGCCCAAGGACUUUGACAGCGAGCGGGGCCUGAGCAUCAGCGGGGAUGGGGGCGCCUUCGAGCAGCAGGUGGCUGGCGCAGUGCUGGACCUGAUGGGAGACGAAGCCCAGAGCCUGACCAGGGGCCGGCAGCAGCUCAAGUGGGACCGGAAGAAGAAGCGGUUUGUGGGACAGUCAGGACAAGAGGACAAGAAAAAGAUCAAGACCGAGAGUGGCCGCUACAUCAGCAGCUCUUACAAGCGGGACCUCUACCAAAAGUGGAAACAGAAACAGAAAAUCGAUGAUCGUGACUCAGAAGAAGAAGGAACUACUGACCGUCGCGGCCCAGAGCGAAGAGGUGGGAAGCGUGGCCGAGGGCAAGGUGCAUCCCAGCCCCGCACCCCCGGCACCCCCGCGGGCCGUGUGCGCUCAGAACUCAAGACCAAGCAGCAGAUCCUGAAGCAGCGGCGCCGAGCCCAGAAGAUGCGCUUCCUGCAGCGUGGGGGCCUGAAGCAGCUCUCUGCCCGCAACCGGCGCCGCGCACAGGAGCUGCAGCAGGGCGCCUUCGGCCGGGGCGCCCCUUCCAAGAAGGGCAAGAUGAGGAAGAGGAUGUAA